GUUUAUGUGCACUAAGACUAUCAAUGGCUUCCUUAACCAUUCAUUCUUCCACCACCGUCUUCCCCGCCCACCCUACUCCCAUUGCCACCCUCUCCUUCUCCGAGAGCGACCAAAUCAAGCCAUGGACUCACUCCCCCACCGUCUAUGUCUACCGAUCCCCCACUGUCACCACCUCUGCCGUCGUCGAGUCCUUGAGAAACUCCCUCUCCCAAAUGCUCGUCCCUUACUACCCUCUUGCUGGCCGUCUCCACUGGAUCGGUGGAGGCCGUCUUGAGCUUCAUUGCUGCAGCGCCGGAGCUCAGCUCAUUGAAGCCUCCUCUACCGCCACGCUCGAUGAUUAUGGCGAUUUCUCUCCCACUGAUGCUCUUCGAGAGCUCGCUCCGAAAGUCGAUUAUAGUACUCCCAUUGAGGAGCUGCCGGUGUUUUUGAUUCAAGUGACAAGAUUUAGCUGCGGCGGGAUCGUGAUCGGUACCGGCCUUUCUCACAUUCUUGUCGAUGGGGUCUCGGCGAUUACGUUUAUCAACUCGUGGGCGAGCAUUGCACGGAAGGAUAAGACGGUGGAGAGUAUUGUCCAGCCAUUUCAUGACCGGAGCGUUCUGCAACCGCAGAAGCCAUUGCGGCCGCCGAGGUUCGACCACCGCGAAUACGACAACCCGCCAUUUCUUUUGGGUUGCUCGGAUGCUAAGGAGGAGCGAAAGAAAGAAUCCAUACCCACAUUGCUGAAACUUUCCAAAGAACAAGUUGAAAAACUCAAAAAGAGAGCAAAUUCGAACAUAGUCAACCAACUCGACGAGCUACCAUCACGACCAUACACUCGAUACGAGUCUAUUGCAGGCCAUAUGUGGGUAUGUGCAUGCAAGGCCCGUAGCACCGGCGACAAAUCCCAACCAACAAUGGUCCGAGUCGCAGUCGAUGUACGACGACGACUUGGAACACCAGUCCCCAACAACUUCACCGGAAACUCAACCCUAGUAGCCGUGACACCAAAGUGUCAAUUCGGUGAUCUAAUAUCUCAACCAUUGAGCUACGCUGCAGGAAAGAUUCGAGAAGGAACAUGGAAGAUCACGGACGAGUACGCGAGGUCGGCGCUCGACUUCCUAGCAAGUCAAGAGGACAUCAGCUGGGUCAGAACCUCGUACCACACAAAAGUUAAGGUUGAAGCUCCAUUUUGGGGCAACCCCAAUUUGUCUUUGGGAAGUUGGAUGUCGCUGCCGUUGUAUGAGGCGGACUUCGGCUGGGGGAAGCCGUGUUAUGUGGGGCCGGCGACAUUGAAUGCCGACGGGAAGUCGUUCAUCAUGCCGGCGCCGGACAACGACGGUGGGUUGAUUAUAGCUAUACGGCUGCAGAAGAAGCACAUGGAUGAUUUCAAGAGACACUUUUAUGAAGAUCUGUGAUUUGAAUCACUUGGGAGAUUUUAUUGUCGUGUGUCGUUGUGUUUGAGGUUGUUUUUUGUUUUGUUUUUGUUUUUGUUUUUGUUUGAGAGUAUAUUUUUAAUUAUUGAUCAUUAAUAUAUUAAUACAAGU